UAAACAGCAGCAUCACAGAGAGCAGUCAAAGUAGUUGGAAACCCAGGAGAUAAACUAAGAUCAAAGCACAUCUGCCUGUUUUUGUGCAACGUCUCUGCAACCCCUGAAGCGUCCUCUGUCUGCAAACAAGACACCAAAGUGUGACACAAUGAAAGUGGCUGUUAUUUUCAUUCUGCUCUUUGCCACAGUUCUCUGCCGGCCGGCAAAAAGAGUUUCUCACAGCAGUUCAGAGAGUUCUGAAGAAGUGGUGAGACGUCCAGCACCUCAGGCCAUCAAGAAAAAGGCGCCCGUGGCUCCUCCAGCUCAAGUACGACGUUUCCAGAAUGUUGUAGCAGCAGCAGUAGCAGCAGCAGCAGCUGGAUCUGAUGAAAAAUCAGAGGAGACCUCCGAGGAAGAGCAGAAGGCUGCACCAGAGGCACCAGUACAAGUCAAAAGCGCCAGCACAGUGCUAGCCUCAGACCCAGGCUCAGAUACAACCCCUGUUAAAGGCAGUGACAGUGACAGUCAUGGAGAUGAUGAUGAUGACGAGAACGAUGAAACAGGGGAUACCGACGAGGACAAGGAAGAGGAGGACAAGGAGGAGGAGGAGGAGGAGUCAGGGGAGUCCUCCACCCCUGCUCCUGCUACCAUCAGCCCUGUGGUGAUCACAGAGGGGCCCGUGGUGGAACCCACAGCGGAGCCCAUCGAGCCAACUAUCGUCACAGACACGGACGCGUCCCGAGGUGACAGCUUGGGAGGCCCCAGUGAAUACAAGUCCAUCAUCUACGUGGAGGACAAAUCCUACCACAAGCUUCCUUCUCCCUACAAGUCCUACGAGUUUGUUGGCGCAGGAAAGAAGAUGGCCUAUGACAUGACUGACGGCAACGAGGUGGAGAAGUCUGUGAAGCUCUAUAAGGCUCUUCAGGUCCACUCUGAUCUUCUCGAGGAGGACACCAGCACCUCCGAGGUGAACAGCCAGACCCAGGAUGCCUCCUCCAGCACCCUGGACCAGGAGCCCAGCUACCGCCAAGCCGCCGUCCCAGAGGAGGACGGCACCAGCACCAGCGAAGCCAGCGCCAGUGACACGACCAGCGAGAGCUCCAGCACCCCAGAGGAGGAGGAGGAGGAGGAGAACGAGGACAACGCCAGCACGGACAGCAGCACCAGCCAGGAGUCUGAGGACGAGGAGGAGGAGAGCCAGAGCAGCGAGGAGACCACGGCCACGCCCGGAGCUGCCGACAGCGAUUCAGACGAGAGCGACAGUGACGAGGGGGACAACGAGGAGGCAGGACCUGACUCUACCACUGACAUGCCAGCGGUGAUCACAGCCAAAUAGGAGGCACCCAUCCGCAGCAUGAAGUGGAUGGUGGUGUCAUCAAAUGAGCGCACGCUGCAUCCAGGUGCAAACGGUUCCCUCAAGAGCCACUUUAACUGCAGGCCCAGCAUGGACGGCCAAGGCUUAAAUAAUGUUGAUUUAAUGUGUCUCAUGCCAAUAGUCCUGUGAUCCUAUAUUUAAAUAAACCAAUAUAGCAGUAUUCCUAUAUGUAGGCCUCCAUGGGGAGGAGUGAAUGAUGUUGAAGCUGACUUCAUGACCUCUGACCCCAUCUUUUUGCCCAAGAACAAAAAAGGAGACAAUCUAAAGUACUGUCUCUACACUAACACAACAGUGUAUCCUACAUGUAAUCCUACAUGCAAUAUGCAGACCUACAUGGUUUUGUGCGUAUGACCUUCAAAAAACAAAGCUGUCGACACAAGUGAUCAUGUCUAGUCUUAUAAGAGUCGAUAUUACAUACACUGCCUGUGAGGCCCAGUUUUGUUGCUUGCUAAUAUCAAAUUUGCUGGUGUAGAUUAAAAAUGACAGGAGCGAAUGAGAAAAAUGCACCAUCCACUCAACUACAGUUCAUGACGGUUUAGAUGCAGUUCACACAUACACCACAGCCCUGUUUAUUUGCACAGUUUCUACCUACACUACAUGUUGUUUACUGUAAUGUGUAAUAAUUUACAAUUUCUUAAAAAUUAAUAAAGAUCUUUUUCAUAAAAUGAGA